AUGAUAUCAUAUGAAAAAGAUAAAGAUUCAAUUCGUUCAUCAUCACCAAUAAUAAUUCAUAAUACUUACACAAGAAAUUCUUCAUUAUUAUCAUCAUGUUGUGGUUGUUAUCGAACACGUCAAAAUUCUCAACAAGUAACGCAAACAGUAAACGAUAUUAAAAAAUCUAAUGUACAUAAUGGUCUUUUUAAACGUAUUCAAUUUUUUAAAGCACAAAAACGACAAAGUUCAGUACGUAAGCAACAAAUAGCGACAACAACAUCAUCAUCAACAACAGGUUCUAAUGGUCAUCUUGUAAAUGAAAUCGAGAGAUUACCAAAAAUUACUACGAAUGAACAACAAUAUUUAAAUAUUAUUACUACUACAUCUGAAGUUCAUAAUGAAUUACCUUUAAAAUAUAUUCAAUCAAAAUCAUUUUCUAAUCGACUUGAUACUAUAAGUCAUAAUUUAAAUAAUGGUAUUGAUUCAUAUUCAUUUGCUGAUAUAGAAAUAGGAUCAUCAAUUAAUGAUGAAAAAUGUCCUAUUACUGUUAGUGCAACACCAAAAAGUAUUAUUUCACAUAAUCGUUCAUCAAUGACAACAAAUUUAUCGGCAUAUUCAACACAAAGUUUACUUCAAAAACUUCUUGAUAAGGCUCAAAUUUUAGAUGACUAUUAUCAAGAUAUUUCAACAAAAAUUUCCAAAAAACAACCUAUAUCAUCACUUUCUUCAUCAUCAAAUUCAUUAUUAGAUCAAACAAAUACAACACCACGUUUAUUUCUUUAUCGUAAUCGAUCGAAUGAUAGUAUUAUUCGGAAACCACCACGAAGAAAAUAUCGACAUUUGUAUGAUAAUAUAUCAUCCGAUAGUUCAAGAUUUGAUUUAUAUGAUGAUGAAGAUAAUAUAUUACGUGAAUUAAUUCGUUUUAAUAAUGAUAUUGAUCUUAUUCUAUCGCGUCUUGAAAUGGAAGGUGAAAAUUUAUAUCCAUUACAACAACAAACAACAACAACAACAACAACAAAUCAUGUACCAUCCGAAGAAAUUCAUAUUGAACAAUCAGUUCAUAAUUCAAUCGAUGAUUGUAAUCGUAGUAUUAGUAUACAAAUCAAUGAUCAAGAAGAAAUUGAUCAGACCAAUUUCAACGAUAUAAUAACAAUGCGUACGAAUACAAAUGAAUUAAAUAUUCAUUUACUAUUAUCAAAUGAUAUCGAUCGUGUACGAGAACUAGCUUUAUCAAAAUUAUUGAAAAUAACUGAGCAAUAUUGUAAUUCAGAUAAUGUACAUAAUUAUGAAACAAUAACUCUUGCAAAAUUAAAUAAACUUCCAAAAUCUACAACAUGGAAAGGCAAACGUGUAUUUGGUGUUCCAUUACGUAUUUAUCAACAAACAACAGGUCAUAUACUUCCAAUAGCUAUAACAAAUGCAUUACAAUACACACGUAUGCAUGCAGGAAAAUGUGAUGGAUUAUUUCGUAAACCAGGUGUUAAAUCUAAAAUUGAUCGUUUACGUUUACAAAUCGAAACAUUAAAUGAAUCUUGCGAGGAAUCAUCAUUAGAAACAAUUAAAUUUGAUGAAUAUCAACCAUAUGUUGUUGCUGAUUUAAUUCGACAAUAUUUUCGAGAAUUACCUGAAUGUCUUAUACCACCAUCAUUAACACGUUUAUUAUGUGAUUUACUAAAACAUAUAACACAAGAAGAACAAUUAUUAGUUAUACGUUAUAUAUUUUUAAUAUUACCAGAUGAAACGCGUGAAGUACUUGAAACAAUACUUCGAUUUUUACUUGAUAUAUCAGUACGAUUAGGAAAUAAUCAAGUCAAUUGUCGAAGUUUAGCACGUAUUUUUUUACCAUCAGUCUUUCAAUCAUUCUAUGAUAUGCAACAGACAUCAUCGAAAAUUCUUUGGUGGAAAUGGAAAAAAGAAAAAUCUGAUGGAAUUGUACAAGAAAAUGAACGUUUAAUAUUGGAAAAUUGUCUUAUGACAAUGAUACUUAAUGUUGAUGUACUUUGUCGAGUACCAAGUGCACUUAGUGAUGAACUUAACUUGCCGUCAGCAAGAAAAACAAAACGGCUAGAUGAACUUGUUCGUAAUACAUGUAAUGGAGAAUUUCAUAUAAAAAAAUUUAUUUCUAAAAAUAGUGAACAAUUUCUUCAAUUUUUAUCGAGUACGAAAUUUAAAAAUAUCCAAACAAAUAUUGAUGGUGUUAAUGUAUCUAUUCAUAAACCAUCGUCAGAUUCCGAUGAGAAUAAUUUACCAAUAUGGAAAUGUUCAAUUGAUAUACCGAAUACAAAUGUUAAACAAGUAUAUCAAAGAAUAUUACAUGAUCGAUAUUUAUGGGAUCAAAAUUUUGUUGAAAGUCGAACAGUAGAAAAAAUUGAUGAUGAUAAAGAAAUAGUGCAAUAUGUACUAAAUUAUCUUGAUCUUGUACCUGUUCGAUCAUUUUGUGAAUUUCGUUUUUCGAAAAAAAUUACAUCGCGUUCAGCAUCUGAUGCAAAUGCAAUGCUUAUUAGUGCUGUAUCAAUUGAUCAUUUACAAAAUCAUUUUCUACCAGGUAGUAUGGGUAGUACAUAUAAUAUGCAUUAUUAUAUUACACCAUCAUCUGUACAACCUGGUCGUACAACAGUGACUCAAAUUGCUUGUGUAGAUUAUAGUGGUCGAUCAACGCAAUGGUAUGAAAAUGUAUAUGGUUCAUUAUUAGCUCAUAAUCUUUUAUCAUUACGAAAUACAUUUGCUAAUACAAACGUUGUUCGAAUUUAA